AUGAAUGGGUCUUAUGAGAAUUUCCCAACACAAUUAAGAUGGUUGUGUAUGCAUGGGUUCCCUUUAAAGUCUAUACCUGUAGAGUUGCGGAUGGAUAGUCUAGUUGCUCCCGACCUGUCUUAUAGCAAAAUUGAAUCAUUUGACGUUUGUUAUACUAAUCCAUCACAACCGAAGAAGAAGCAAAAGUUAGAUGGAUCGUGCUCCAAAGAGAAAAAGUUGCUUGGAUCAUUGAAGAUUCUUGAUUUAAGUUUCUGUGAACAACUUCGUAGUGUGGGUGGCUUUGAUGGACUUCAUGCACUUGAGAGGGUAAUACUAACAAAUUCCAUUCAUUUUCUUGAGGUUUGCGAAUCAAUUGAGCAAUGUGCUGAACUUUGUUUACUUGAUCUGAGCUACUGCAAAACACUUAAAAAACUUCCAAGAACCAUACGGAUGUUAAAGAAGGUUAAAACACUUUUGCUAGGUUGUUGUAAUCUUGGUGAAUCUCAAACCAAGAUUAGUGAUAUGGAUUCCGUCAUUUUGGAGGCUAUACCAAAUGAUCAAAAGUUCUUUAUGAUUUCUUUACUGAGGUCUUUAGUAAGCUUGUCAUUUGAAAAUGCUAAUUUAUCCAACGAAUCCUUUCCCAUGGACUUUAGUUGCCUCUCCAUGUUAAAGGAAUUAUAUCUGGAUGAAAAUCCGAUCGUAUCCUUGCCCAAUUGUGCGAGAAACCUUCGUAGACUUGUGAUACUCAGUAUGAAAAACUGUAAAUUACUGAUGUCUAUUGAUCCUCCAUAUACACAAGCAUUUUUAGACAUCUAUUCUAACUCAGAACAUAAGCCUUUGCUACAAAAAGUUUCAUUUGUUCCAGAAAUGUCCCCUCUCGAGUUAUUAUUGGGGGGUGGGAACUCAUUAGCACCUUCAUCGUUUGAAAUUGAAGGCAUGGAAAUGGAAGGUGGUGACAAAGUUACUAUUUCUCUUACAGAGGGACUAGAUAAAGUUACAAAGGAGUGUGGGGUGAGUUUUGUGUAUGGAGAUGGAAAAAGGGAUGAAGAAGAAGAUGUUUUGGGUUCAUACAAAUCAUGGAAUCACAUCAUUGGUGGAGAUCUCACUGGAUUUGAGUUAACAACAGGAGAAUACAUCCUACACAAUGAACGAUUUUUGGUGCAUGGCACUGAAGUGAAUCUAUAUCAUCUUCCACUUGUUGGAGAUGGCGCCAGUUUUAAAGGUUAG